CCCUGUUGACAUGGAGUUUGCUCACGCCCACCUGAAUCUCUGCGAUCUUUUCUGACAACAUAGUCUGCGCAACCUCCUAGACCGGCUAGUGAUGACGGGACGAUGACGGACGGUAACAAAGGAAUCGACAACAACAACAUCACCUCUUCUAUGACUCUCCUGUUGUAACUGGAUACGACAACGACAACGACCCUCGACAACGAUUAUCACUACAACGCUCUUUACAUCUGACGAAUCGGGAAACCCUCAACAAGCUGACUCGGAUUUCUCUUCAUCAAAUCGAAUCUAGCCAAGCUCUACGGAUCGACAGUUGACAACUCUCAGGAAACAUGGCCUACCUACCUCCCGCGACGACCUUUGCUCCUCGUGAAGAUUGGGACGAUGGGGACUUUGAGCUCCCCUCGGACCGACCCUUCCAUGCACCCUCCUCCCGACAGACGAGCUUUGCCUCGUCUUCUCAUACACCGCUCCAAAACAGCUCUCGACCUUCCUUUCCGGACGAUCCAUUUGAAGAGGAUGAUAUGGCGGGCUUCGACGAUAUCGAAGACCUAGAUGACGGGCAGGGCACGAUCAAGCUCAAGACCGGGCAUAUCCCUUCGGUCCCGGUGCCCAACGUCAAGGCGUCAUCAGCGGGUGGGAAGGCGGGGUUCAUCAGCUUGGACAGCAUGAAAGCGAUGCAAGCGUCUGGGCAGUUCGAGAAGCCGGGGAGGGAUACUAGGCAGGACAGAGGCUUCGAUAAUGCCUUCGAAGAAGACGACGGCUUCGGGGACGACUUUGACGAGCAGACAGAGACCUUGAAGAUGCCGGCUCGUGCGGCUGGUCUACCGUUACGGCUUGUCCGACCGGUGGGGGACAAGGAGACGGAUUGGGACGAGUUUGAUGCGAUGAUGGAUGAGGACGAGAGGGAGUCGACGUUGAAAGCGGGUUCUGCUACCCUCAAAGGGUUGAGAGAUAGGUUCGGGCCUGGCCAACCCUUUGCGGACAAGGGUAACCUGCAAAAGUCUUCGGAGCGGAAAGAACCCAAACCUCUAGAUGACGGCGAUCUCGAAGCAGACUUUGCACUACCUCUCACGUUAGAACACCUCAAACUCGCCAACAAGAAGGACUACCCUUCCUUGGGGCUGAGACACCGGUCGUCCCGUUCUUCCCUUGUCACCAACAGCUCGAGAUCCGAUUGGGAUCGGGACAUUGGUGAUCCGCACCGGUCGGCCUUUGCCAGCCCGAGCACGAGCUCGACAUCCAUUACGUCUGCAUCAAUGCCGGUCACAGAUCAAUCCGAAACCGACAUCCACUCGAGGUCGAUCAUGGUCGCUGAUGAGAUUGACGAUUUCGAAAACGACUUUGUGCUUCCCACGCCGAGCUUCUUCUCCUCCGGUCAGAGUCGCGAGUUGAACAAUUUGCUGGAUAGGAAGAGAAAGGCUCAUCCUCCGCCUUCAAUGCACGGUUCGGGUUCGAGUCAGGCUGGCAAGAAUCAUACCGUCCCAGACUCGGGUACAUUCAAGGCUUCCCGGUUGACUCGUGCCACCAUCUCGUCGGCUGCCAAGUCGCGCUAUGAUGUACACGAAGAAGCGUUCGAGGAUGGGCUGGUGCUCGAGGAAGAAGGUGCUGAGCUUAACCAAGGAAGGCUGAGCAGGCUGAGAAAGGCGAGGUUGCCUCCCGCAACUCCUUCCUCCAAGGGGGCCAACGGGACCCUGCGCAAGGAUUCCGGUGGGUCUAGAGGACGUUACGAUUCGGGUGACUUGUUCCGGGAGAGGAAGACUAGCGGCAAGGUCGAAUCGCCAGAGGCCAAGCUACGCAAGACGGAUUCGGGUCGAGUCAUGGUCGAUGCGGUCACGUCGUCUCCAGCUGUUGCAGGACCAUCCACUCCACACCGAUUACGCACGCAAAAGUCCCAUUCUAGGCUAAACGACCGGCCCACGGCGACGCCUGGGCCAGUGUUCGCUAAGAAACAGUCCCUUGCCAGUCUUCGCGAUGCUAUGGCUAGUCAGCAGGCCGACUCACCCAGCGUACCUUCAUACGUGGCACCGACUGCCUCUAGCGUCGCGCGACAGGCUGCAAAGAGCAGAGAAAGGUUCAGCGAGGCGGUAAAUCAACCGAUGCCACCCAUGCCGGCGAUGACAAGGAUCCCGUCUGAUCACGGUCAAUCCCAUCGACAAACGCAAACUGUUCCCGUCUCUGCGUCCAAGGGCAAGUCGAGACCUCCCCUCGGCUCGGCUUUCAAUCGACCUUCUUCCUCGGCUAGCAAUCCCUCCCACUCGUCACAAUCGCCUCUCCCUUCCAACAUGAACAAUAACCCUCACAUGACCAUCGCCCACGUGCUGAGAAGGCCAAAGACGACACGGACGUACGGCGAUGGGACCGAGCUCGACGUAUUCGAUGAUUUGGUGGUGGAUCGCUCCAAGGAGAGUUUCACGCCAUCUUCCAGAAGUGGGUCGGGUUCGAUGGCGAGUCAUGCAUCUUCUUCGUAUAUCAGCGGGCUGCCGAAUAGCGCCAACACGAAUGCCAGCGGGGGGUUAGGACUCGGUCGACCGUCAUACCAUGACUCCGGAUCAUUGAGGAUGAAACCUUCCACAUCUUCUUCAUCGCAUAUCUCUACCUCGACCGGAGAAAAGCGCAAGAAACCGCUCGCAUCUACCGCGACGAGUUCUUCCAUCGCAAGCUCGCUGGCUACCCCUGCGCGGAAAGAAAGGAAGAAGGCCGGACUCAUCCGACACCUGGGCAAGUUGGAGAAGAAACAAGUUGGGGAGAUGACCUGGAACCCGCAGACCUUGCGCUGGGAGGGUAAUUACGGCGUGCUGAGAGAGUUUGACAACCAGCUCGCCUCUUCCGUUCGACCGGCGUUGAUCGCCUAUCGAGCUCCUCAGCAUGGGAUGAAACCGGUAUCCCCCAUUCCUCAUGACAAGGAGAACAGCAAGGGCAACGGCUUUAUCGCUCACGGGCACGGUAAUGGGGCAGACGCGAGUGGUGGUCAUGCAGUUGGCAACACGUCGACCACGAGCAACGCGGUCAGGGUCGUCGGCAACAUGAUGUUUGAUCCGGAAAAGAUGUGUUGGAUGAGCACACUACCACAAGAGGAGGAAGAUCCGGAUCCUUUCGAAGGAUUGGCGGACGAUGAGGAUGACUUUUGGCAAGACCGGCGAGGGGGAGGGGGGACAAUCACCAAGGGCACGUUUACCGGGCUCGACCUCAGGGAACCUAGCGCUAGAGCGGGAAGCUUGGCCUACGGGAGGAGGUUUAUCAGCGAUGUCUCUACGGCUUACACGGCGACACCCUCUAGCGUCAUGUCACGGUCGCAGCAUUCAGACGUCUCGGACGACUUUGUCGACGAGGCCAAGGUGGACCUGAGACAGGGCAGGAACCUCCUCUCUGGCAAACUCGGACAUCCUUCGCCUGCCGAAUUGAACCACCUCCAUAACAAUAACAUCGGGGACCGGUCGAUAUCGCUAGCCAGCUCUCGACUACCCGGAGGUUCUUCGACCGACUACGACCUGAGCGGGUGGACCUGGGUCGAUGAAGACUUGUACAAAGAGACCCGGGCUGCCGAGCGGAGACACGCACAUGAGAUGAAGGGGUGGUACGGGGCUUCCGAGGCGGAGAGGAUGAGAGGCAGGGAUGUGGACAAGGAGAUGGACCGAGCGAGGAGAAGGGAGGAGAAGAGGUUGUGGGAGAUUCGACAUCUCGUCAUGGACGGGUAAAUUGCCGGGGUCACGGUGAAAAAAUCCAGAUGCCGCUUUUGCGAGCGACCAAAAAGCGGAGGAGAGCCUCGUACGAGGUUCCCCUUCGAUGACACUCUAUGACCCUGACCGUGUGCGGUGUAUCAGUAUGAUGAAACGAAUGACGACGACCCAGAAUAAUGAAUUGAUACCUCGACCUUGGGAGUAGUAAUGUGAU